UAUACACACCUACAUUCGUAUCCACACCCACACACCCUUUCAGUAUAUACGCACACUCAAGUUCAACGAAGUGACGACCUCUUAAUAGUCCUCAGGGGUAUCGUUAGUUGCGUUUGUGCUUCAAUUCAGACUGCGGCAUCCUUUGUAUAAAACAGUUGGUUCUUAGCUCGAAGCUCUUACUAUUUAUAGCCUUCCUUAGCUGCACCAAAAGUGGAUAAGGCAAAUAUCGGAGGAAUGGCAGACUGGAAACUGCCAGUUAGUUACAACUACAACCCGUCCUAUCACGCAUACGCCUACGGGCUUAUGUAUCCACAGGGCCCCGAGCAAAAUCACCAGAAUUUAGGAUGGGCAGAGGCCGCCUACAACCAUCACGGAGUCAGCGGAGGUUACUACUCUACGCCGCCGCCGCCGCAGCAGCAACAACACCAAUCCCCACCGCGGAAUUUAGAGGACGGUCAUACAACAAGCGCACACUUUCCAGGUUCCGUUUUGUAUUUCGCCGAUUCCCACGCACAAACCGGUCGACUUUUCCUUUCCCAUAACCGACCGCUAAGUAGUCAACGACCGACGGAGAUCGAGCGGGCAAGCAGCGACACGCCAAGCGACUCGGAGGCUCACACACCAGAUUCAUGGAGUUCGGGAAGUAGCAGAGAAGUAGCCCCACAGGUCCCUACUUCCUCCUGGAGAGAAGGAGAGGAGGAAGAUGUGGAGAGUGGGAGUCCUGACAGCAGUGGACUUGUUUCCAGCACUCUGACAGUAAAGGAAGAGGAGGCUUUUCAUGGGGGCGCUGAACCGGAAGAGCAGCCUCCUGUGUCCAUGAUGACCCCCCAGAGCGUCUCAGCACAACCCCGCAAGGCCAAGGCACGCACAGCGUUCUCAGAGGACCAGAUGACGGCGCUAACGCACCGCUUCAGCGUCCAGCGCUACCUCACUCCAGUGGAGAUGAAGACGCUCGCAGGCCUAACCGGCCUCACUUACAAACAGGUGAAGACCUGGUUCCAGAACCGUAGGAUGAAGCUGAAGAGACACCAGAAGGACACCAGCUGGGUUUCGGAGAGGUACUCUGACUCUGGAUACCGCAACAUCGCCCCACACUCUCAGUUUCAGGUGGACACUUCUGCACUGACCCAGGAGCAUUACUCCAACGUGCAAUUCAGGGAGACCGCUUUCAAGAAGAGCCCUACUCAAACCCCGACGUACUAUCAGAACUACCCACGACCGCAGUCGCCUCACCAGCCCCCAACACGAGCGCAUGGUGGUUGGAACCUGCCUCCUCCCACCCACUUCGAGUUUAACCCCAAUAAUUACAACAAUGGGAACAGCAGCAUCAAUAGUGAUGAUGGAACUCCAGUGGAUGCAGUUGAAAGUCCAACACGUAUGGGAAUGGGGCAGAGUGUCACCCAGUGGUCAACGUAGGUAAUGGCAGGGGUACGAAACCCAGGAUGAAUCUCCACUGAAAUAUCAGUAUUUCAUGUUGUUCAUUGCAUUUAGAACAACUGGUAUUUAAUAACAAAAUUCCCUCAGGGUGUCAUUCAUCAGUAGAAAUGAAUUAGACCAACGCCAAUCCACAAGUAACUGGCAGAGCAGAUGAAGAUGAGCCAUCCAAGUUCCAUUUUAGUGUUGCGUGAUAUUUUUGUGGAGUUCUCCUAAAUGGUGUAUAUGGCUUCAUUGACUGAAAUGUAGUAUUAUAACUGACUGGCAUGCAUUAAUUUUCAUACUGAUUGACUGCCAUACUUCAUCCACAUUAAGUGUUAAAUGAAAUGAUUCACUUAAAUUGCAGACACUGACUGACUAAAUGACAUUAUUUUUUUAUUUGUAAGUUGCAUUUUGUUUUUGGGGUGUUUUUUCGUUUUUACAAAAACUUGUUUCUAUGCAAUGUGCUUUGUUUUUAAAUAGAAUGAUAUAUUUUAUACAAUUUACAUAGUUCAGUGUGUUUUUGUGACUUAUCUGUAC